AUGAAAUCACUACCUAUUAAUUGUUCUUUUUGUCAAUGGACUGAUGUCUUAAAUAAUUAUCAAAAACAUCUUGAUCAAUCACAUUCAAAUGUCAAAUGUGAAGAUUGUGGUGGCAUCAAAACAUUGACUAAUGAUGAACAACGUCUCAACAAUGAAUCACUUCAAAUGCCAAGUACAUUUUCAACAUUGACAGAAGAAUUAUUGAUAAUUAAAUUAUCCAUUGAAGAAUCAAAUACUUUAUUGGAAGGAGCAAAACAUAAUCAAGAUUCAUCAUCAUUGCCAGAAAAAGCCAAUAAUUCACAAUAUGUUUCAUAUGAUGGAACAUUGGUUUGGAAAAUUACAAACUUUCGAGAGAAAAUGAAUCGAUUGAUUAAAUCGUGGACAACUGAUUCCUCAAUGAAAUAUUUAUUGGAUGAAGCAGAACAACGUAUUCUAUUUUACACUAUUCCUUGUAACUUACGUUCAAUCAAUCUAACAGCAGUCGUUGGUAAACAAAUGCCACCAGGAUGGCAAUAUAUGCAGCAAGUGAAAGAUCUAUCUAUUUACAAUGUAACAUCACUUACUGAAAUAUUUUUGAUAUUGCAACACUUUCAUCGAAUUCGCACAUUGGAGAUUGAUGUUCAAAACACAUCAGAAAUUCUUUCUAGGAUGCCUGACACAGAAAAAAGUGUCCUCCGGUUACCAUAUCUCAAGAGAUUGCAAGUCUAUGGAAUAUUUGAACUACUCACCUUGAUCAAUGCGUCACCAAACCUCAACCAUUUAUGUAUUGACCACGAUUGUCUCAUACAUCAACUUGAUAACAAAUCUAUUUGUGAUCUAUUUGAGCGACAAAUCAUUCGUCUGGACAUCUGUGAAUGGGCUGGUAUUGAACCAGAUUCAUUACAGCGUAUUGUCAAAGUGUUUAAAAGUCUUAAUCAUCUCGUUCUUGUUCCUAAAGAUUCAGCAAUACUGAUUGAUUGGAUCCCGCUAACGUUGCUAAAAUCUUGGAACAGUGAAGAAUUACCUUCGUUAAGUGUCGCUGGUUCACCAUCGAAUGAAGCAAAGACAAAUCUCCGACAAUGGUUAAUUGAUAAUACUCAUUUGUUGACAGAGGACUCAUUUGGAGUUGAAUAUCAGGAUGAUUGGUUUAAUUUAUGGCUUUAA